AUGAAUAAUGGAACGAGCUUGCAAAGUGAAAUGCUCGAUGGGAAUGGUACACAUGUAACAACUUUUUCUUCCAAUUCAACACCUUUAAGCACAUUUAUUGAUUCCUCUUCACCCGAAGGGAGCGCCAACCAAAUAUCAUCUACGUUUGCAAGCACAAUAGCAGAGGGUCUUGUUAACGGCGUUUCUGAGGCUAUCAGCGAUGCCAUAGACACUGUGGCUUCUUCCUUCUCAGGAAAUGACUCCUCAUCUCUGCAGUCUUUAUCAGCUGCUAACACGGACAGUGUUCCCAUUAUUCAUAAUGGAACAAAUAAUUGCACUACGGAAAAUCCCUUUCAAGGAAUUUCAGAAGAAUUAUGUUAUAUCCUAAAUAUUUUUAUUUUCCUCCUGCCUUUCCUUUCACUCUUAAUCGUAGUCCCCAUAGCAGCGGCUCUAUACGACGUAAGAUAAAUGCCAUUUGGGAGAUGUGCUCACACAUCGUUGCAUUUUUUUUUUUUUUUUAUCGUAUAUAAAACCGAAUUUCAUUCCCAAUACGCAAUGAGCAUUACAUAAAUAUUUCACUUUUUAUUCUGUGAUAGCACACCCCAUUAGGACAAUGCUACAAUAAAAUGUGUGACUAUUUGUGGUGUACCCCCGAGGAGGAUGAACACGUUAACGAAGAUGCAAAUGGGGUACAUAAUGACAUUGAGAAAGGAGCCUCCGCGGGAGGCACCCGAAGGAAAAAUUCCAAUAGCC